AUGGCACCCAAACAAAAGACCAUAUAUCCAUGGUCUCGUCGAAACAACAUAUUCAAUCCCCCAACCCCUCUUGAUUCCCUCCUCGAAUCUCCUCUCCGCACAUUGAUCUUCUACCUCCACACCAUCCUCCUCUAUUUCCGCGGCGCAUCUUUCAACCCUCCCCGCAACAAACCUCCUGUCCGCGUCGUCUGCAUCUCAGAUACACAUUGCAACACACUAUCAAUCCCGCAUGGAGAUCUCUUAAUUCACGCUGGAGAUUUGACAAAUGCGGGCACGGUAGAAGAAAUACAGGCGCAGAUCGAUUGGUUGGAUCAACAACCACAUAGAGAGAAGGUGUUUAUUUGUGGGAAUCAUGAUAGUUAUUUUGAUCCUAAGUCAAGGAAAGAAGGGGAUAAGAAGAGGAAGUUGAAUUUUAAAAGUUUACAUUAUUUGGAGAACAAAGCUAUUACGUUGAAGUUUAAAGGAGGACGGAAGUUAAAGAUUUACGGAUCACCAAAUAUUCCUCAGUGCGGUGGUUCUGAUUUUGCAUUUCAAUACCAAAGACAUCUUGCGCCGUGGGAAAAUCGUAUACCGAAAGAUACAGAUAUUUUAAUUACACAUUCUCCACCUCGACAUCAUCUCGAUAUCAACUUGGGCUGCAAAUCUCUACUCGAAGAAAUAUGGAAGGUCAAACCUAGACUUCAUGUGUUUGGGCAUAUACACUCUGGACAUGGUCGUCAAGCUGUAUUUUGGGAUAAGGGACAAGAAGCUUAUGAGAGGCUUAUGGAGAGGAAGAGAGGAGGUUUAAUUAUGGACUUCAUACCGAGUUUUGCAUGGGUAGAUGCCGCGAAAGUGAUUUGGUAUGGAGUGAAGGGAAUCUUGUGGCAAAUAUUAAUGGUUGGUCCGGCAGGUGGAAAUGGUGGAUUGAUGAUCAAUGCUGCGGUUGUAUAUCAAUCGUCGACAGAUUUGGGAAAUCCAGUCGAGAUUGUAGAGAUAUGA